GUUGAUAUCUUCUACCCUUUUUAGCCGUUGAUGAUAACCUGAGACCAGAAAAAGAGGAGUGCAGAUUUCUCUUUCAAUUACGUAGUAGUCUUCAACAACAAUUUCUUGAAUCAGCCUUAUUCGCACUUGUUUUAAUUUUCAACAAUUUCACUCGCUGGAUUGAUGAUACUCUCGUUAUGGCUCUAGUUCCCAGUCGCCAAUUCCACCCAACGAACUUCUUGGACUCAUUUCAAAGCUCCUUCUCCAGGUUCAAUGGCACACACCUCCUGUUCUUCAGGUACAGUUGCUCUAUCCCUCUCAAGAAGCAUGCUUUCUAUGCGACUCAUAGUACCAUAACCUCUAAUUCACUCCCUGGCCAAAACCCACCAAGGAAAUCCGGGCAUGUUGUCACUAACAAAACCAUCAAGCAACAGAACCCCACUUCAAAUGUAUCUGGUAACAAUUGGUUAUCGAAUUGGAACAAUCCCCACAAACACAACCGUCCCAAAUCACCUCAGCUGGCAUUAGAUUAUCAAAAUGACAAUGGCGGGGUUCGUGCUGGUGGUGGCAAUGGUAGUAAUAGUACAAUGGAGAAAAUCAUAGAGAAGUUGAAGAAUUUUGGAUACAUAGACGAUGAUAAUGAGAUGAAAGAUGGGGUCCCGGAGAGGCGGAUUGAAAAAGGUUCUGUGGAGGAUAUAUUAUAUGUUGAGGAAGGAUUGUUGCCCAAUACACGUGGCGGGUUUUCGAAGGAGUCCCCAUUGGGGAUAGAGAGUGUUUUUAAGAGUGGUGGGGAGGUGAGGUUUCCAUGGGAGAAGCCAAAGGUCAAGGAAGAGGAGGAAGGUAAGAUAUGGACUGCAAGGAGGGAGAGAAGAUUCUCAGUUGCUGAAAUGACACUGCCAGAAUCUGAGUUGAAGAGGUUGAGGUACUUGACUUUUCAGAUAAAGAACAGGACAAAGGUUGGUGGUGCGGGUGUUACUCAGGAGGUAGUCAAUAAAAUUCAUGAGAAGUGGAAGACGUCAGAGAUAGCAAGAGUGAAAGUUGAGGGUGCCCCUGCUCUUGAUAUGAAGAGAAUGCACGAGAUAUUGGAGAGGAAAACUGGUGGGUUGGUAAUUUGGAGGUCUGGGGCUUCCGUUUCUUUAUAUAGAGGUGUGAGCUAUGAGGUUCCUCCAGCGCAACGAAAUGAACGUAUACAUAAGAGAAAUGGAAUAGCGACUAGACCCUUGCCAGCUUCUAAUGGUAAAAGUACCAAGGAUUUUGCAAGAGUUGGUUCUUCUAAAGAUUUGCAUGCACAUCAGCCAAACUCAGAAGCUACUGUUGAGGCUGAGUGGAAAGAAGACACAAAAUCAUUGCCAGAGGUAAAGGUAAACAAAGAAAUUUCACCAGAAGUUAAGUAUGAGGAUGAAGUAGACAAACUUUUAGAUGGUCUGGGUCCUAGGUACACAGAUUGGUCGGGAUGCGAUCCAUUACCUGUAGAUGCUGAUAUGCUUCCCGGUACAGUUUCUGGUUACCAGCCUCCAUUUAGAGUACUUCCGUAUGGAGUGCGACCUAGUCUGGGGCUAAAGGAGGCAACAGAUUUACGAAGGCUUGCCAGAUUUCUUCCUCCACACUUCGCCCUAGGUAGAAGCAGGCAGCUUCAAGGUUUGGCUGUGGCCAUGAUUAAAUUGUGGGAAAAAAGUUCAAUUGCAAAAGUUGCUCUCAAACGUGGUGUGCAGCUAACUUCUAGUGAGAGAAUGGCAGAAGAUAUUAAGAAAUUGACAGGGGGUAUGCUGCUCUCUAGAAACAAGGACUUUUUGGUCUUCUAUAGAGGGAAGGAUUUCUUAUCACGGGAGGUCACUGAAGCAUUGCUGGAAAGGGAGAAAUUGGUGAAAUCCAUGCAAGAUGAAGAGGAGCAGGCACGUUUAAGAGCAUCAGCCUUGGUUAUGCCAAAUAUGGGUUUAAAUGAACAAUCUAGAACGGCUGGUACUCUUGAAGAAUCCUUAGAUGCAGAUGCGCGAUGGGGUAAAAUAUUGGAUCAUCAUCAUAAGGAAAAGAUAAUGAGAGAUGCCAAAAUGGUUCGGCAUGCAGACCUUGUCAGGAAGCUUCAGAAGAAACUUGCUUUCGCUGAACGAAAACUAAUGAGAGCAGAGCGAGCCUUAUCUAAGGUUGAAGAUUUUUUAAAACCAGCUGAAAAGCAGGCUGACACGGAAAGCGUUACUGAUGAGGAGAGGUUUAUGUUUCGCAAGCUUGGUUUGCGAAUGAAAGCUUUCUUACUUCUUGGUAGGCGUGGAGUUUUUGAUGGUACUGUGGAGAACAUGCACCUACAUUGGAAGUACCGAGAAUUGGUUAAGAUCAUUGUGAAGGUUAAAACCUUUGACCAGGUCAAAAAUAUUGCACUAGCGCUUGAAGCUGAAAGUGGAGGUGUUUUGGUUUCGGUGGAUAAAGUGUCUAAAGGAUAUGCCAUACUUGUUUUCCGAGGAAAGGACUAUAAGCGACCUUCAAUGUUGAGGCCAAAGAAUCUCUUAACGAAGAGGAAGGCCUUGGCACGUUCAAUUGAACUCCAGAGGCGCGAGGCCCUCCUAAACCAUAUGUCAGCUCUGCACUCCAAAGUGGGGAAACUACAAUCUGAACUUGAACAAAUGGACAUUGUGAAAGGUGGAGAAGAUGUGGAGUUGUAUGACAAACUAGACUCUGCUUAUUCCACUGAUGAGGAGGAGCCUGAGGAGGAAGGAGAUGAGGCCUAUCUUGAGACAUACGAUGUUGAAACUGAUGGUGAAGAUGGAAACAUUGACUCGAUUAACAAUCUUCACAUGCAAGAUCAAGGUACGUAUGAUGAUGAGAAUGACGAUCACGAUGAUUUGCAACAUGAAGAGUCUGAAACAGAACCUGAGCCAUCUCUUAAGACAUACAACGGGGGGAAUGAUGUUGAAGAUAGAAGUGGUGACUCAACUGACAAUCUCCAGUUGAAAACGAAUUUUCCUUACGACAUGCUAGAGGUAGAACGUGAAAACGUCUAAGUUUCCUAAUCGUAUGUUCUCUAUCUGAUUUGUGGAGAGAAAAUGAAAGAAAAUAGGUGGCGACGAUGGUCAAAUUAAUAGAAAGGGAGAAUAGGAAUCGUGCACACCAGCAGAACAGGGAGGCUUUUUGAUGAAUAUUCAAAGUGUGCAUCAGACCAGUCUGUCUGUAGAUAACUAUGCCAUCACUGUUAUCAUCAUUUCUUGCCAUUACCUUUGCAAUGUCAAGCUACAAGUUCUGAUAUGAAGAAUCCAGGUUACUAAA